UUACGCGUCUCUGUCCUUAAGAGCGUGUCCUCUCCUUUCUCCUGCUUCGGCAACCUUCCCACCAUGGAGGAGCGGCGAGACAACGGGAUUUACAACGAGGACUUCUCUGGCAGCAACCAGAAUCUCCGAGGUGCUGCAGUCAAUCCUGCCGGUCAUGGGAUAUACGAGGAACAUCAGGACCCGUUUGCUGACCCGAAUCCCAUUCAGCGAACCACCUCAGCAGGUGUACCCGUAGGCGACGCCGUUAGUGGUGGAGCUAUCGCUACCGGAGCAGAAGGGGAGAGUAACGCAGAAAGAACUGCGGCCCAGACGGCGUCUCCUACGAAACCGCCUAUCUAUAAGCGACGGUGGUUCAUCAUCACCAACAUCAUUGGAGCUGCUAUUGGGAUUGCCCUCAUUUUCAUUCUGUUAUGGCCGGUCGUUCGUGCUAUCGCCCAAUAUGUCGUCAACAAGUCUACGCUCAGUGUGCAGAAGGCCUCGAUCAUCAACCCAACGAAUUCUUCGUUCCAGCUUGGCUUACUUUCAACUGUAUCUCACACCGGUAUUAUUCCGGCAGUGAUUAGCUUCACUCAACCUGUCAAUGUCAGUUGGGUGAAAGGAGACGACCAUGUUCCAAUUGGUUACAUGUCUUUGUCUGACAUCCACGCUUCUCACUCUUCGGCUACAAUUAACGAGACGACGACAUUCUACAUCUCCGACCAACAAGCUUUUGGUGAUUUUACGGCUUACAUGAUCACCUCCGAGAACUUCACAUGGCUCCUUGAGAGUAGCGACCUCCAUGUCCAGGCAGCAAAGUUUCCUAAAGAUCAUGGCAUCAAAUUCAGUAAAUACGUCACUAUCCCUGGCAUCAACAACUUUGAUAGCAACGUCAAGUUGCAAGAGUUACUGCUCCCCAGUGACAACCCCGCUGGCGGUAUUAACUUCCAAGCGAUUACGGGUCUGAACAAUCCAAGUCCUUUCGAGAUGAACCUCGGUACUGUGGUCUUCAAGCUUGGGUACAAUAAUGUCUAUCUUGGUACUGGUAUUGGUAACAACACUUCCCUCUCGCCUGGCAUGAACAACAUCACGCUUGCGGGUACUCUCGUACCACAGACGGACCCUAGCUCUCUUGCGCAGGUGUCGCAAUUGUUCACCAACUAUCUCAACUGGAAGUCUUCUCCGGUUAUUGCAAUGGGCGCGUCAACGCAACAGAACGACGGCACUGAGAUUUCUUGGCUUACACAGGGCCUUCAGGCUCUCCAGCUCACUGUGCCUUUCCAGUCGCCUCAACCAAUCAAUCCCAUCAGGACCAUCACGAUUGGCGAAUUGGCACUUGCGUUUACUCCCGAUAGCGCGUGGGCCCCCCAGACGAACAGCGACAGCGUUCAUGCGACGAUGGAGCUACCUUUCGGUUUUGGUGUAUCCAUAAAUGAGAUCCAGAACAACUUCAAUAUCUUCACGAAUAAUACCAAUGUUGCAGGUUUGACGACGCCCCUCGGUGCAGCUACCUCGCAAGUUCAGGUUCUCGGUCCCACGGACACCAAAGGCACAAUUAAUAUCACCAUCCACGACGGCACUUUGAACGCGACAGACUCGGAACAUGACCCGUUCUCUAUGUUCAAUGCCUAUCUCACCGACACGAACACCGCUGAAUUCUAUCUCGUCGGUGGUUCCAAGGCUGUUGCCAAUACGAGCAUUGGACAGAUCACCCUUGAUCCUAUUGAGGUCAACGUCUCCACGUCACUUCUAGGUUUGCAGGGACUUCAGGGCCGCACGACGAUUGGCGGUGUCGACGUGCUUGGUGGCACGACGCAGGCUUUGCAGCUUGGGAUCAAUGUCACGAUUGACAACCCUUCGAGCCUUGAGUUGAGUACCGGUGACUUGACGCUGCAGUUAGGCCGUCAAGGUGCCAUUCUCGGAACAGCGCUUUUGCCAAACCUAACAUUGGCUAUUGGGUCAAAUUCCUUGUACUCGACUUCUGAUUUUAAGCCCAACGACAGUCCUCAAGGUAUGGACACUCUCAACGAAUUUGUUGGUGGCAAGAAUGUCGAGCUGGGUAUCGCGGGUUUCGAGGGCAGCACUCAGGUUACUUCCUUGUUGCGAGCAUUCGAGAGCUUGAACAUCUCUACGAACCUUCCUGGGCUUCAAACCAGCUUGCUGGAGGGCGGUUCAUUAGAGAUCCUCUCGACAACCGGAGUGGAGAACAACAUCAGCCACGUUGCAGUAUCUCUCGCCAACCCCUUCACUGCUGGCUUCCAAAUCACUAGGAUUUCGUCGAGUGUUUCCUCCCAUGGUCUUACCUUGGGUUCAAUCGAGACUACGACGAACUUCAGUGCUGGCGGCAAAGCAACCACGAAGUCUCCCGACCUGGACCUCAACAUGAACUUUGAUCCACCCACGCUGUUUACGUUGACACGUGUGUUGGCUGUGCUGGCUGGCGAAGAUCCUACUCCCUUGGAUGGGAUCGUCCAACUCGGAGGUUACUCCUACGUCACCGCCACCGACGCUGAUUCCCACCCUGCAAACUCACGCCGCGACAACAUCUAUACGAACUUCAAUUUGCCCAAUUUCGUUGAUAAUGCCUUCAAGCAGCUGCGGUCGGAUGUGUCUCUCAGCACUGACAUCAUCAUCGGACAAUACUCGACAACGCUCAAUUACACGCAAGCUUCGGUACCCAUUGCGACAGAUAGCAGUCUGAACCUCAUCUUGCCGAUUCUCGCUCGUCCCAUCGUGCAGAAGAUUGUCGAUGGCACUGUCCUUGGCGUCGACACCGUUCUAAUCAGCAACCCGCAGCAGGAGUCGUUUGGCACCUUGUUGAAAGGCAGCAUUACCAGUGCCGGUCCUUUUGACGCGACUAUCAGCUUUCCGAAUGGGCUCACGAUCUCGUGGAAUGGUUCUCCUCUGGGAACAUUAAUGAUGGAGGACGUGAACGUCGUUGGGGAUGUCGGUGCUUCGUUGAACACUGAGAGCAAUUUCCAAGUCUCCGACGUCGGCCACUUGACCGACUUCACUAAAGUGCUUCUUACUGAAGACAAAUUCGACUGGGAUAUCACUGCUGAUAACCUGACUGUGAGCGCGCUUGGUAUCAAUGUCACCGGUAUCUCGCUGCCGAAGAAGACUGUUUCUUUAGCCGGCUUCAAUGGCCUUAAGAACGGUGUCAUCAUCGAUUCCUUCGAUCUACCUGCUAAUGAUCCAGCGGGUGGUAUCCACCUUACUAUCAACAGCACUGUUGCCAAUCCUUCUCAAGUCGGCAUUUCGCUCAGUUCUCUUGCCUUCAAUACGUUCUACGGCAACAUCGCGAUUGCUCCGGUGGCAGCGACCGGCAAUGUCACUCUGGCACCUCAAUCUAACUCUUCCCUUGCUCUCGUUGGACGUCUGAUUCCCCAAACUUCUUCGGAAGGCUUGGAAGCAGUUUCGACGAUCUUCAACAAUUUCAUUCAUGGUGAAGAUAGCCAAGUCAGCGUGCAGGGUGACAGCGCAGGUCCUUCUGACGUUACGUGGCUCAAUGAGGGUAUUAAGGCGCUCUCGGUGCAAACCAACCUUCCAAACCAAGGGAAGCUCAACAUCAUCACAUCCAUCGACUUGGAGCAGCUUCAACUGUUGUUCACCGAAGAUACGGCCUACAACCCCUCGACCAGCAGUAAUGCUACGACUGCUGCUUUCACACUUCCUUUCAACUUCCCUGUUGACAUCACCCAGCUGUCCCAAAACAUUACGACUGGGUACAACGGCGAGUCCUUCGCUGAGCUUGUCAUUCCUACCAUCCCCAGUACCACCGAUGUCAAUACGCGCAUCAUUUCCCUCCAGUUCGCCAACAUUCCCUUCGCUGUCUUCGGAGACCAACACACCACCUUCGAUACUUUCGUUGCAGCGACUACCACGGGCUCGAAUGAGACUUUACAGCUGUCAGGAUCGGCCAAUGCCCAGGCAUCGACUGCCGUCGGCGCAUUAAGCCUUGCCGGCAUUGAUUUCUCCGUCUCUUCGUCGAUUGCUGGCCUUCAAGGUCUUAAAGCCAAGCCCGCGCUGGUUUCUGACUUGGAUGUGAACCACGGGUACUCCGAUUACUUGCUGAUCACCGUUAACACCGCUUUGUACAACCCCAGUAACCUCACCAUCGGUACCGGUGAUGUGUCUUUCUCGCUGGAGUUCAAUGGCCAAACCAUCGGUUCUGCUGACCUUAGCGAUCUCAUCAUCAAGCCCGGCAAUGUAACUUACGGCACAGAUGUUCACUAUUCACCCCAGGGAGGUGCUCAGACCGCCGCCGGACAGUUGUUGCUGGAGAACUAUCUCCAGGGCGUUGACUCGGAUACCACCAUCGCCGGAAACACUGACUCCUCUCCGAUUGAUUCGCUGAGGACAGCGCUCUCUGAGAUCAGCCUCACCCCUGUGACCAUCCCCGCAUUGCACCAGAACUUGAUUGACAGCGCUUCCCUCGAGUUCCCUACCGACAUCGUCCAGACUGGUAUCGCUCAGUCGACCUUCACACUCGCGAAUCCAUUCACCGCCAGCCUUAACCUGAUCACGGUUGGAGCCACGGCUGUCUUCCAAAAUAUAACUGUUGGCAAGAUCAACAAUGUCGACCGUUCGUCGGACCCCAUUCACGCCGACGGACACUCUAACAUCACGUCUCCGUCUCUGCCGUUCGAGUUCAACAUGAACCCGAUCGAUAUUAUCGACCUGAUUCAGUCCGCUGCUCAGGCGCACAAUGUUGAUAUUGGUCCACUGACCGAAUUGUUCCAGCUGGUUCUGUCAAACCCCGAUUACCAUCCUCCAGUGAACACGUCUAUUGACACAAACAGCCCUCAGUGUGUCAGCGGCAAGCAAUUCGACGUUGAUGAUGCGAUCUUGAAUGCCCUUAAGGGAUUGGAAGUCACCCUUGACGUUGACUCUUCAAUUAAGAUUGACGAUUAUCCUACGGAGCUAGCCUUCAAGCAGUACAAUGUCACCGCAAUCACCGACAAGACGGCACUAUACCUCAUCGGUGCUGUUGCUGGCCCUGUUGCACAGGAUCUUGUGAACCAGGCCCAACUCUCCUUCCAGACAGCGAACAUCACCAAUCUAUCGAACGAGGGCUUUGAUCUCGCCCUUAAGGGCUCUCUGACUAACACUGGUCCGCUCGAUGCUCAAAUCAUCUUCACGGAGCCUGUAGCGGUUAACUGGCAAGGACACGACAUCGCUACCAUAUCACUUCCGCCAGUGUGUGCCGCCGCCGACUCGGGUGUGCCGGAUUACGAGACCUCUGGAACCUUGCGGAUCACGGACCUGGACCAAUUCACGGCCUUCACCACGUACCUGCUGCACAAUGAAGACUUUGAAUGGAUCAUCUCGACCGAUAAGCUCCGGCUGAUUGCCCUCGGCACCAUCUUCGAUAAUAUCUCCUUGUCGAAGAACAUCACGCUCAAGGCUUUCAAUAACCUUCCCGGUGUGACCAUCAGCAACUUUGAGCUUCCUGGUGACGAUCCUUCCGGUGGUAUCACCAUCUCUACGGACUCUAUGAUUCCUUCUCCCGCUCAAUUGGGAAUUGAUAUGGGAACGGUAACAUUUGACGCGUACUUCCAGAACACACUCGUCGGACCGCUCCAGGCGACCAACUUGGACCUGCCACCCAUGUCCACUGUCACUUCUCACUUGAGCGGACGCAUAGUUCCUCAGAGUGGUAAUGACCUCAACGUUAUUGGGGAGCUCUUUUCGGAAUACCUUCAGGCUGACAACAUCACCCUCCAAGUCAAAGGAGUGUCGGUGCAGCCACCAGGCGCCUCUGGUGAUGUGUCAUGGCUCAGCACUGCAUUCAAGACUUUGACUCUGAAUGUCAUUCUCCCCGGGAAGAAAUACACCGUCAUUCAAUCUAUUACCCUUUCGGACCUGAGUGUCACUAUGCUGAACCAGGACGAGGCAUUCGCUCCCCUGGCGGGUUCAAACAACACUGUCGCAGACUAUAAAAAUCCGUUCGGUUUCUCUCUACAGGUCAUCCACUCGAACGUCGAUAUGACUCUCGGGGCGAAUGACGUUGCAGCAGCCCGACUGGUACUUGAAUCUGACAGUGUUGGGGGUGUCUCAACCGGAAACGAUGCAUCAUUGCCCAUCAAAUUCUCCAACACACCGUUGCAGUCUCUCAACAAUGGCGCCUUCCAAGCUGUCUUUACUGAGGUCACGGAUACUAGCUCCGCUUCAUUCGACCUGAGCGGCUCCGCCAACGUCACUGCAAAGACUUCUAUUGGUGAUGUGCCAAUUUCUGGCAUACCUUUCGACGUCAAGUCAAGCCUCACUGGCAUCAACAGCUUUGGACGUACCGCAACCGUGACGAAUGUUUCUAUAACUGGAAGCGGUGGAAGCGGAGGCAAUCAAUACGUGAAGGCACCACUGACGACAACGCUCAACAACCCGUCGAACGUGUCGUUGCAAACUGUUGAUAUCUCCCUACCCGUCUUCUACAAGGACAUCCAACUUGGGCAGGCUGCAUUCAGUCCUUUCAACUUGGUGCCGGGUGAAAACUCUAUUCCAGGUGAUUUCCUGUACUUCCCUGCGAAUGCCAACGACACCACUGCCGAGUCCUUCCUGACCGACUUCCUGCAAACCGGAGACGACCUUCCAUUGACUAUCAAGGGGGAUUCUGGAAGCUCGCCUUUCGCCUCUCUACAGCCAGCACUUGAAGGUGUCAGCAUCUCCACCAGCGUCAAAGGUCUGAACGUGCCGCCAAUUAUUACUCACCUAUACCCGAAGAUUACCCUUGACACUCUGUUGACGAACAACAUCGAGGCCAGUUUCGAUAUCACAAACCCUCUCGAUACGGACUUGAUUAUUGAUUUCGUUCAAGCUGAUGGCCUGAUUGAUGGAGAGAUAUAUGCCCACUUCGACCAAUCAUUCAGCAACUUUGUGAUUCCCGCAGGCAAGACUGCUAAUAGUGGAAUGUUUGGAAAUGUGAAGCUUGUCAAGGGUGCUCUUGCUUCCUUGCCUAUCAUUCCCUUGGGAUACCUUGAUAUCCAGGCUGUGGCUACCACUAUUGUGGGCCAGGGCGGAUACACCAUUCCUUGGCUACAUGUGAACCAGCAGCACGUCACUGCGACAUAUGAUUUGGACCUGCUGUCCCUCGGUCAACUUUCUGCUGCUGCCGUUUCAAUGACUCAAUCUCACACAAGCACUGCGUCAUCCGUGAGCGGCAGCGUUACCGGCUCGACUGCGUCCAAGUCCUCCGGCUCCGCUGGAUCCGCUUCCGGUCCAGCAGGUACUACCUCGGUUAAGCCAUCGACGACUGCUCCUGCCUCAUCUACUUCCGCUCCCUCAUCUAGCAAACCCGCAUCCCCAUCUAGCUCGGGUGGUUCGGGCGGAGUGCUUCCCCUUCAUUAAGUCCAGAACGUCACACUGUAACGUCUCAGCGGACAUAUAAGAUACAUGAACGAGAAUUAUUACAUACUUCCGGACAUUUCGUUUUACCAUUUCUUUUAUAUCGACGCCAUACCUUACAGAUCAUUCUUGAUGUAUACCUUGAUACCUUGAUCGUGGGUCCCC